AAAUAAAUUUAAAUUUUAGGAUAAUUUGACGUGAAAACAAUUUUAUUGUAUGUAUAUUGAUGGACUUUAACAUUAGCGCCGGGCAUGGCUGGGCAGGCCAAGGAAGUAAUUUAAUUGAUUGACGCUGCCAACAUGCCAGUUACAAUUUUUUCUGUGGGUUCUGUACACAUUUUAAGCGUACACUACAAUGUGCAGUGGUAAUGAAAGAACCAUGAACCAAUAGAAUUCAUUGCGCAUUUGGUGUAGUAUUUCUGUUGUGUGUCUGUUGCUUUUGCUCUCUUUUAUGCAUUACUGGGACGGGACGGGACGAUUAGUUCAGUUAAAUUGCGAUCUUGCCUUGCAAUGGCGAGUGUAUCUUGAAAAUACCUUAGUGUUUAUUAUUAUAAAAUACCACUUUGUGAUUUGUGAACUACAAACAAUUUCGAUUAAAGUUUAAACGUAAAUCAUCAAACACUUAACUAUAGGUAUGUCUCGGAGUAGUAGUGAGGAUAUUAUGUUUUUGUAGAAUCCAUAUGUGUCAACAUAAUAAAGUGAACAAUUCUCCAAGUUCGAAUUUUUAGGAGCCAUUUACACAUGGCGAGAAGUCACGUACUCUAGUGAAAUGAUAAUUGUUGGUAGAUUGUGAAGGAAAAUAUAUUUUUGAGUUUCCAUUAACAGUAAUAGAAAUGGAUAGUAAGAAUAUUCAAAAAAAUGCGAUGCAGAAAAGUGCAGAGUUUACUUUUACUCCACCACCCGAGGCACCCGUAUUUGAGCCUACGCUUGAAGAUUUUGCGGAUCCGUUAGGCUAUAUCGCUAAAAUUCGGCCUGUUGCUGAAAUAACUGGAAUUUGCAAAAUAAAGCCUCCAGCGCGAUGGCAGCCACCGUUUUCACUAGAUGUAGACAAAUUGAAAUUUGUACCACGAAUACAAAAAGUAAAUGAAUUGGAAGCCAUUACGCGACUGAAAUUGUUAUUUCUCGAAAAAAUUUUGAAAUUUUGGGAAUUGCAAGGCUCUCCCUUAAAGAUACCUAUGAUUGAAAAUAAGACUUUAGAUUUAUAUUGUUUAAAGUUUUGGGUGGACGAAGAAGGUGGUUUCGAAAACUGUAAUACUCCGAAAAAAUGGCGUAAGAUUGCUAACUCAAUGGGGUAUAGUCAAAAUACGAACACAAUAAAUUUUCUUAAAAUUAAUUAUGAGAAAAUUUUGCUUCCUUAUGACAUUUUUGAAAAAAGUAAAGCCGAUAUAUUGAAGACUGUAAAAAAGACUGAAACUAAAUCUGAAAUAAAAGAUGAUGGCGACGCAUCGAAUCAUUCAUUUAAAGAAAUUUCAAUACAAAAUAUCACGGGUUUUAAAGGAGAUUGUGAAGAUAUGAUACCCCAUACAAGUAUUAAAAAAACUAAAACUGGCUCAGAUAUUAAAACUGAUGUGAAUACAAAAAAUAUUUUGGAAACUGAGGAAACUAAAUGUAAUAGGGAACUCAGAAGGCUAGCUUGUUAUGGACCUGGCCCUAAAAUGCCUGGUCUAAAUGAUGAAGAAUUUGAUAUAACAAAAUCUAGAAAAAGGCCCAGAUAUGAUUUAGAUCCACUGGCAAUUUAUGUAUGUGCUAUUUGUCAAAAAGACCACACUGAUAAUCUUUUGUUAAUAUGUAAUGGGUGUUCUGAUACUUAUCACACAUUCUGCUUAAAACCACCUUUAAAUACUGUUCCUGAUGGAGACUGGCGUUGUCCAUGUUGUAUUGCAGAAGAAGUGCACAAGCCAGCAGAGGCUUUUGGAUUUGCUCAAGCUGAAAGAGAAUACACACUUCAACAAUUUGGAGAGAUGGCUGAUAAAUUUAAGUCUGAUUAUUUUGGUAUGUCUGGCCAUCUAGUCCCAACAUCGGUUGCUGAAAAAGAAUUUUGGAGGAUAAUAUCAUCUGUGGAAGAAGAUGUUACAGUAGAAUAUGGGGCAGAUCUGCAUUCAAUGGAUCAUGGUUCCGGUUUCCCAACUAAGUCUUCAUUAAAUCUUUAUCCCGGUGAUCAAGAGUAUGUAGAUUCAGGCUGGAAUUUAAAUAAUCUUCCUGUUUUGGAGGGUUCAGUGUUAAGAUUUAUUAAUGCUGAUAUUUCUGGCAUGACAGUUCCAUGGAUGUAUGUUGGCAUGUGCUUUUCUGCAUUUUGCUGGCAUAAUGAAGAUCAUUGGAGUUAUUCUAUUAAUUAUUUACAUUGGGGUGAAGCGAAAACCUGGUAUGGUGUUCCGGGAAGUGGAGCUGAACUGUUAGAGAAUGCUAUGAAGGCUGCUGCACCGGAGCUCUUCAAAUCACAACCAGAUUUACUUCACCAGUUAGUCACCAUAAUGAACCCAAACAUACUAAUGGCAGCAGGGGUACCUAUUUAUAGAACUGAUCAACAGGCUGGUGAAUUUGUUGUUACAUUUCCCAGAGCAUACCAUGCUGGUUUUAAUCAAGGCUAUAAUUUUGCAGAAGCAGUUAACUUUGCCCCACCUGAUUGGCUCAAAAUAGGUAGAGAGUGCAUAAUUCAUUAUAAAAACUUAAAAAGAUUUUGUGUUUUCUCUCAUGAUGAACUUAUUUGUAAGAUGGCUUUGGAAGGUGAUCGUUUAGACUUGGAAACAGCAUUGGAAACCCAGAAGGAAUUAGUUAGAGCGACAGAAGAAGAAGGUAGAUUAAGAGCACAGAUUGCAAGCAAAGGUUUGAAAAGUGUCCGAAGAACAGCAUUUGAAUUGCUAGGUGAUGAUGAGCGGCUCUGUGAGAUAUGUAAGACAACUUGUUUCCUGUCUUCAGUAUUAUGUACUGACUGUAAGCACAUGGCUUGUCUGCAACAUGCCACUGAUGCAUGCCAAUGUCCAUUGAAUAAAAAAACUCUUAACUAUAGAUAUGACAUGGAUGAAUUACAUAUUAUGUUACAGACCCUUGACUUUCGGGUUAACAGUUUUGAUAAAUGGAUGUCAGAAACAAAGAAAAUGUUACUACCAACCGCCCCUGAUAUUGGCAGAGUGCAAAAGCUUAAAGUUUUAUUAGAUGAAGCGGAUGAAUUAAAAAUACCAAAGUGUACACUAUUAACUCAGCUAAAGAAUGAAUAUACUGCAGCCACUGAAAAUGUUGAACCAAUUAUCAUUGAAUUGGAUGAUGAUUAAAAUAUUCCAGUAUGUAUGUUAGUACAAAAUGAUUGUUCACUUUUCUAGAAUUAAUAUAGGUUGUUUUAUCACAAGUGUGUCAACAAGCACUAGACUAUUUUUAAAUUAUUUUUAAUAUUUCGGCAGCUUUGUAAUUUUAUGCGAAGCUUUUCAUGAUAAAUAUACACUUAGUUAACUAAAAUUUCUAAUAGUAUGUUUCCUUUUGAAUUUUUUCUACAUGUGAUGUCUUUUCUCUGUCAUAGUAAUAUGUCACUAAAUAUAAUUACUAUAUCAAAAUGUGUGUAUAUUUUGAAGUUGUUUGUAGUUUAAAACCUUACAAAUUAAUGUAUCUAAAAGUUAGUUUUAUAUAAUAUCCCACCGUUUUAUAAAUGUAACUAAGUAUUUGGUACUCAAUUGUAUUACACAUAUGACAUUUGUAAUUUUGUGUAUGUGAAAGAGAUGUUUUUUUUAAUUGACUAUAAUGGGAGUAGCAAAUGUGAUCUCAAAUCUAUUAGUUAUGUAGUACAUGGUACCUAAUUAAAAACAUUAGGGCAAUAAAUGGACCUUUUGAAAUAUAAAAUCACAAUUUUUUCAUAAAUUUUUUUUAUAAAACAGUGGGCUUAGAAAUAGAAUUUAAUAUAAGACAAAUAUGUAUUAACUAAAGCCCUAUAGUCAUAAAAAUAUUGGGUAUAUAAGUAUAGGUUCAUUAAAUUAGAUUUAAAGACAUUUUGAUUGGAUUGCAUAUUUUAGACAUUGGAAUUUUGCAUUUUAAGUAGCAUAGUACUCUACGGCUUGAACAAACAAAGAUUGGAACACAUUAAUAUAAAGAUUUUAAAACAAUUGCAGAUAAUUAAUCAUAUAUUUUGAUAAUCAAUACUUCAACCCUACAGUAUGCUACUUAUAGAUACAGUGUGGUCUAAAUUAUUGUUUUUAUUGAUUGAAUGAAAGUAGGUCUAAAUAUAAUUUUAAUUUAUGGGCAAAUAGUAGUGAUGCAAAAAGCAUUAAUAAGUAUUAUCAAUUGAUAAGCAAUGCUUGAGUAAAUUAAAAGUAAUUUUAUUGAAAUUGCGUUUAAUUUUACAUAGUUUAAAUUCUAGACAAUUUUGUCUACAAUUAAGAAAACAUCUAAAAUUUGAAAUAUUUAAAAUUAAUCGCUAGAAACUAAGGUAAAUACACUUGUAUAAUUGUAUUUACGUAAAAAUUAGAAUUAAUAUAAUUCAAUGUUUACUUAGUACCUUAUAUUAUGUUUUAGUAUUUUAAAAAUGAGACCUGUAAAUCUCAGGGUUUAAUUUUUCUUAAAGAAAGAUGAUGUGUAAGGCGCAAAGACAGGAUAGAGUUUAUAUUUUUAAUUAUUUUGACCCUAAACAGUGAACUUAGGUCCUUGAAGAGUAUACUUCGUUUUUUUUGUUAACUUUGAUUGAGUUGUGUCUGGUCUAGUGAAUGGUUAUGUUGUGUUAUAUGAAGAAUCUUAUAAUAAAGAUAUUUGUUUGUAUACCCAGUGAUGAUUAAAACAAUUACAGCACAAAAUAAUUAUUACAUUGCAAAUUUUUCUUAUGCCAUAGAAAUUCCCCGAAGGCUAUUGAAAUAGAAUCUUAAAGGCUAUGACUAGAUAUGUAAAUAUUAAAGGUCAAAAUAAAUAUAAGCCAGUAUUGCUAUCUAUUGUAAGUUUAUGGUUUAAAAUUUUAAUUUAUAUGAUUUUGUUUCAUGGCUAAAAACUCAAUAUCAUUGAGUCAUAGUUUAUGCUUCAUUUGACUGAUUAUGUUUCAUGUAAUUUCAAUUUAAUAUUAAGUUAAAUAUUAUGUUCUUAAUUUGUGAUUUUAUUCUGUGAUUGAACUCCAUUGGCAUUUCUGUGGCUUAACAAUAAGCUGUUGUAUGAAAAAUGAACUACAGAAUACUUUGUGUUCUUAUGUAUUAGACAUUUAUAAUUCAUCAAUUGAUUAUUAUGAAAAAUAAUGUCCAUAAAAAAACUGAUUUAUCCAACUGUAAAAAGUAGAUAAAUAUGUCCUUAAAGAUAUAUGUAUAAUGAAACACAUUAUAACUGUAAUUUUAUCAUUAAAAUUCUUAAUAACU